AUGGCAGAGCCGCCCAUCCGGAAGGAGCUGAGGAAUGCGGCGCUGGGGGUGCCAAGACGAGCUCCUUGUUUCCAUGUGAUUCCCUCGGUGUCCAGCAUCGUUCCUGAAAGCUGCCUGCUCAUCGUGGUGGGCCUGCUGGUCGGAGGCCUCAUCAAAGGCGUGGGGGAAAAGCCCCCCAUCCUCAACUCAGAAAUCUUCUUCCUCUUCCUCCUCCCACCCAUCAUCCUGGACGCUGGCUAUUUCCUGCCCUUGCGCCAGUUCACGGAGAACCUGGGCACCAUCCUCAUCUUCGCCGUGGUGGGGACGCUCUGGAAUGCCUUCUUCCUGGGCGGCCUCAUGUACGCCGUGUGCCAGAUUGGCGGCACCGGCCUCAACCACAUCGGCCUGCUGGCCAACCUGCUCUUCGGGAGCAUCAUCUCGGCCGUGGACCCCGUGGCCGUGCUCGCCGUCUUCGAGGAGAUCCACAUCAACGAGCUGCUGCACAUCCUGGUCUUCGGCGAGUCGCUGCUCAACGACGCCGUCACGGUCGUCCUCUACCACCUCUUUGAGGAGUUUGCCAACUUUGAACAAGUGACCAUUAUCGACAUCAUCCUCGGCUUCCUCAGCUUCUUCGUGGUGUCUCUGGGCGGCGUCUUUGUGGGCGUCAUUUACGGGGUGAUCGCUGCCUUCACGUCCCGCUUCACCUCCCACAUCCGCGUCAUCGAGCCCCUCUUCGUCUUCCUCUACAGCUACAUGGCCUAUCUCUCCGCGGAGCUCUUCCACCUCUCUGGCAUCAUGGCGCUCAUCGCCUCCGGCGUGGUCAUGCGGCCCUAUGUGGAAGCCAACAUCUCCCACAAGUCCCAUACCACCAUCAAAUAUUUCCUCAAGAUGUGGAGCAGCGUGAGCGAGACCCUCAUCUUCAUCUUCCUGGGUGUCUCCACUGUGGCUGGCCACCACUACUGGAACUGGACCUUUGUCAUCAGCACGCUGCUCUUCUGCCUUAUCGCAAGGGUUUUAGGUGUCCUGGGCCUCACCUGGUUCAUCAACAAGUUCCGAAUUGUGAAGCUGACACCCAAGGACCAGUUCAUCAUUGCCUACGGGGGCCUGCGGGGAGCCAUUGCCUUCUCCCUCUGCUACCUCCUGGACUAUGAGCAUUUCAACAUGAGGGACAUGUUCCUCACCGCCAUCAUCACUGUCAUCUUCUUCACCGUCUUCGUGCAGGGCAUGACCAUGCGGCCCUUGGUGGACCUGCUCGCGGUGAAGAAGAAGCAAGAGUCAAAGCGCUCCAUCAACGAAGAGAUCCACACACAGUUCUUGGAUCACCUCCUGACUGGGAUUGAGGAUAUCUGUGGUCACUACGGCCAUCACCACUGGAAGGACAAGUGAGCACGCUUCAACAAGAAGUAUGUGAAGAAGUGCCUGAUUGCGGGGGAGCGCUCCAAGGAGCCCCAGCUCAUCGCUUUCUAUCACAAGAUGGAGAUGAAGCAGGCAAUCGAGAUGGUGGAGAGCGGGGGUAUAGCCAAGAUCCCCUCGGCUGUCUCCACAGUCUCCAUGCAGAACAUCCAGCCCAAGAUCCUCCCUGUGGAGCGCGCCCUGCCAGCCCUGUCCAAGGACAAAGAGGAGGAGAUCCGGAAAAUCCUCCGCAACAACCUGCAGAAAACCAGGCAGAGGCUGCGAUCCUACAACCGGCACACGCUGGUGGCCGACCCCUACGAGGAAGCCUGGAACCAGAUGCUCCUGCGGAGGCAGAAGGUCCGACAGAUGGAGCAAAAGAUGAACAACUACCUGACGGUGCCGGCUCACAAGGUCGAUUCACCCACUAUGUCCCGUGCUCGCAUCGGCUCAGAUCCCCUGGCCUACGAGCCCAAGGCGGACUCGGAGAACCUGCCCAUCAUCACCAUCGACCCGGCCUCGCCGCAGUCCCCCGAGUCCGCGGACCUGGCGAACGAGGAGCUCAAGGGCUCCAGCCACGUCUCGUCCUCGCGGGGCGGGGAAGGCCCCCGGGACCCGCCGUCCCCGGGUACCGACGACGUCUUCACGCCGGGCGCCAGCGACAGCCCCAGCAACCAGCGGAUGCUGCGGUGCCUGAGCGACCCGGGGCCGCGGCCGGAGCCGGAGGAAGGGGAGCCCUUCAUCCCCAAGGGGCAGUAGCAGCCGCGCAGAGCCGCGCUCACCCACGUACGGAGCCUCUUUCUUCAUUCGUUCUUCUUUC